AUGAGAUACAAAUGCAGAGUCAUCUUGAUCCCUUGGGAUUAUGAAUCCGCCGCUCACCGGGCAGUCCUCUUGAAGCAGCGAGAAGAUUGCGGUUGGCAUAAUGAAAAGGUCGAGAAGGAAUGGAGGGAAGCCCAAGCAAAGGGUGACAAGUGUAUCUACUGGAUAGUGCUUCUCUCUGAUGACUCGCACAUGACCGAGGAAAUGGAGUGUCAUCUUCGCUUCAAGGCGAGCGAGAGACUGCGAGACACGGCUCGAUCAAUCAAUGGCGCUCCCCGGUGGGCAUCCCAGCAAGCCUUCAUUCCCGUUGGACAUAUCUCAAUUGAUCGCUUGAACGCAGAGACAAAGCACGUGAAUCUGAAUAUUCCUUCCAUCGGGGUAUUCUGGAUUAAGACUUUCUACGUUAGUCACUCUGUGCAGGGCCAGGGUAUUGGGCGGGCCGCGAUGGACGAGGCGGAGAAGAUGGUCGUUAGAGAGCCGUUCAAUGCUCGGGUCUUGAUGCUUGAUACCAUCCAAAGAGAUGAUAAUCUGCGUGAAGAGUUUGUUAAAGCAGCCUAUGGGUCUCUGCCAAAGAUCCAGAGCCAGGAUUGGUAUGCACGACGAGGUUAUCGUGUGAUUCGAACGGUGCAGAAUUUCUACACGAUUUUGGACAGAAGUGGCAAGUCCUGGGACACUAAGACGGUUUUCAUGAGAAAGGACAUUGCUUGA